CUUCACUUUCACCCGCGAAUAGCCACGACCGUCGUUCCAUCGUCCACGCGAAUCCGCGCAAUCCAUCCAAACUCCCGGGCCUCGCGAUUGACUAUGCUCUUUGGAUUCUAAAUUGGCCGAUGAGCUGCAAGUCCGUCGACUCGAGGCGCAUUGCUAGCUGCUCCGAGCGACGCGUUCCUGCUCCCACCUCCUACCCCCCGACGAACUCGAACUCCUCGCCUCCCCCAUCCUUCAACAUCUCGUUCCGAUAGCCAUGGCGACGCAGCAGAAUGGCGCCGCCAAUGGUAUCAACGGCGACGCCGCUGCUGGCCCCGUGAGCACCCGAUUCACCGACAUCCCUUCUGCCAUCGACAUUCCCGUCCAGGGCGACCAGGAAGAUGAAGCCGUGGAAAUCGAUCUCGAGGACCUCGUAGAUGACCCUACCGAGCUCUGCACGCUUUUCGAGAAUGAACGCGCCGCGAAAACAUACUGGAUGACCGUCGCUCUCGCAUACGCAAAGCAGCACAAGAUCGACCACGCCAUCGAGAUGCUCCUCCGUGGCGGCAGCGCCAUCCAGAACAACAGCACGAACCCGCGUGAUAAAGUCAGCAUGAUCUGCUGUCUGUGUUGGAUGUACUUGUGGAAGAGUCGAGAAGCCCCUCGCGUCGCGCCAGAUGGAACUCGAGUGUCCGAAGCCAAGACGAAGGAGUACUAUCUCCAGCUCGCGACAUCCUCUCUCAACGAUGCCGCUCGACUCAACCCGUCGUUCCCACCCAUCUUUCUUGCCCGUGGCGUUCUCUUGCUUCUGAGAGCAUCGCUACAGGCGCCGUCCAAGACUGCUGGAGGUAUUGGAUCAGAGAAGCAUGAGCUCCUGAAGACGGCCGUCAAGUCCUUUGACGAUGCUCUCCGAGUCUCCCAGGGGAAGAAUAUGCUCGCACUAAUGGGAAAGGCGCGUGCACUCUUCUCUAUGCAUAAAUAUCCGGAAUCCUUGACCAUCUACCAAGAUGUGUUGCAGAAGAUGCCCGAUUUGGUGGAUCCUGACCCCCGAAUUGGUAUUGGCUGCUGUUUUUGGCAGCUCGGCUUCAAAGACGAUGCUAAGAUGGCCUGGGAAAGAUGUCUUGAGAUCAACCCCGACUCAAAGGUGGCUAAUAUCCUCUUGGGCUUGUACUAUCUUGACGCGAGCGGUCAUGUUCCGGUUAACAGCGAUGACUUCCUCAGGCUCUACAAGAAGGCCAUGACCGAGUAUACGCAAAAGUCCUUCAAGCUUGACAAGGACCUGCCCCUCACCUGUUCCACCUUUUCUAGCUAUUUCCUAUCCCGAAAGGCAUGGGAUAAUGCGGACAAGCUGGCACACAAGGCUAUCCAGUUUACUGAUGUCAACGCCAUCGCCAGUGAUGGCUGGUAUCUCCUGGCAAGAAAAGAGCACUACGGUGGCAAUACGGAACGUGCAAGCGAUUACUAUCGACGUGCCGACGAUGCGCGUGGAGGUGCCGAUACGGGCUAUCUUCCCGCGAAGUUCGGAGUAGCGCAGCUGUCUGUUCUGAAGAAUGACCUCGGAGAAGCCAAACUUCGAUUGGAGAAGAUGAUCCAGCAGUCAAAGAACCACGAAGCGAUGAUCCUUUUGGGUACGUUGUAUGCUGAGGAGGUCUUCACGAACCAGUACAGCGACAGCAAGGAGGAUAAGUCUGCCGAGCUGAAGAAGGCCAUCACCCUUCUCGAGGGGGUUCGAACUGCCUGGAAAGAUCCGAAGAAGACUCUGGCUCCAGAUGCUUCGGUGCUCCUCAACCUGGCGCGUCUAUACGAGACUGACCACCCAGACAAGGCCUUGCAGUGCUUGCAACAAGUGGAACAACUCGAACUUGAGCAGGUUCCUGCCUCGGAGCGCCCAACAGAUGUGACGGAUGAGACUGAAAUCCGUAGCGCCACUCGCAAGUUUCUGCCUCCACAACUCCUCAACAAUAUCGGCUGUUUCCACUCACAAGCAGAGAAGCAUGAGCUUGCUAGCGAGAUGUUUGAGGCUGCUCUGAGCGCUUGCAUGAGAAUCGGCGAGAAAGAUCCUGACAUGGACACUGAUGCCCUGGUCUCGACUAUCAGUUUCAACCUCGGCAGGAGUUACGAGUCUCGAGCCCUCACGGAUAAGGCUGUUGAAGUCUACGAAGGCCUCCUUGCUCGACAUGACGACUACACGGAUGCCCGUGCCAGACUUGCAUACAUCAAGCUCAGAAAGAACCCCAACAAGGAAGGGCCAGAUGCAGUCGCCAAACUGUACCAGGAAAACAACACCGACCUCGAGGUCAGGUCACUUUAUGGCUGGUACCUAGGCAAAGUUCACUCCAGGAAACGACCUGCCAAUAUCAAUGAAGAUCCCGAAUUCCGUCAUUACAAGCAUACGUUGCAGAACCAUGACAAGCAUGACAGGCAUGCUCUGGUUGGAAUGGGCAACCUCUACUUGGCGCAAGCAAGAGAGAUGCGGCGGGAGUCAGAUUCAGAGAAGCAGAAGCGAAGUGUGACGUACGGCAAGGCCGUCGAGUUCUUCGAAAAGGCCCUCUCCCUUGACCCCAAGAAUGCCUACGCCGCUCAGGGCAUCGCCAUUGCUCUUGUUGAGGAUAGGAAGGACUACAAGGGAGCCCUUGGAAUCUUCAACAAGGUUCGAGAAACUCUCAGGGACUCCCACUUGUAUGUCAACCUGGGCCAUAUUUAUGCCGAGUUGAGGCAGUACUCGAAGGCGAUCGAGCACUAUGAGAUUGCUCUCUCUCGGGAUGGAAAGGCCAACGAUCCUCUCAUCCUUGCUUGCCUGGGCCGCACUUGGUUGAACCGAGGCCGGGCGGAGCGCGACAUUGAUGCCUACACAAAGGCGCUUGAGUGCGCCCAGAAGGCCCUUGAAGUUGCUCCGGAGCAAGUCCAUUACAAGUUCAACGUUGCCUUUGUGCAGAUCCAGCUCGUUACCACCGUUCAGCUGCUGCCAGAGAACAAGCGCUCAUCAGAGCAGCUCGAGAAAGCAGCGGAGGGUCUCGAGGCUGCAAUUACGGCUCUGGACGAAAUCGCCGCCCAUCCUCAGACUCCCUAUCCUAAGCAUGAUGUUGAGCAACGUGCCAACAUGGCUCGCAACACCAUGCGCAAGCAGCUAGAAAGGGCUAUCGGCAAGCAAAAGGAGUGGGAGGAGAAGAACAAGGAGAAGAUCCAGGCUGCCAGGGAGCAGAGAGAGGCCGAGUUGAAACGCCGCGAGGAGGAACGUGAGAAGGUCUUGGAGAAGGAACGGCAGCGACAGGAGAAGAUCAAGAAGGAGCGUGAAGCGAUUGCAGCACGCGACAGGCAUCUGGCUGAACAGCGAGCGGAAGAGGAGCGUUCUCGCGUUGAGGCAGAGAUGACGACGGACAGCGAGACGGGAGACAAGGUGAAGCGGAAACGCAAGACUGCGCCACGUGCCUCCGGCGAACCGAAGCCUAAGAGGUCGUCGGGUGGAAAGAAGAAGAAGAAGGCCGAGCGAGACGAUGAUUCAGAGGAGGAGACGCAAACCAAAAAGAGACGUCGUCUCACAAAGAAGGAGUCGUCCAAGUUCAAGUCGGCUGAGAUUGUGGUGGACAGCGACGAAGACGACGAGGACGCCCUCGAACGUGCUGAGAGAAACCUCGAACGAGAUGAUAGCCCUCUUACGGAAGCGGACGAGGAAGCCGCUGACGACAAGAUGGAGGUCGAUGACGAGGCGAACCACGAGGGUGAAGACGACGACGAGGUGGCUCCCCGUCAGCAACACAAGCGGUCGCGUCGUGGACGGGUCGUCGAGAGCGACGAGGAGGAUGAGGAUGAGGAGCCCACACGGGCCAAGAGCCGCUCUGAUGAGGAGGAUGGUGGUCGCAAGGCGGAUACCAGUAUGGCGGACGCUGAUGACGAUGACGAGGAGUAGUGAAGAUACAGGAUGGGAGUGCUCUAUCUAGAAUGUUGUGUUGUGCUUAAAAGCCUCGGGUUGGCCCCAGGCAGGUUGUACUUAUAUGGCUAGAUGCUCUUACACCUGGACUAGGGGAAAUGGAAAGCGUGCUU